GAUGGCUUCGGAUGGGAUCAAUUUUCGCCACUCCAUGACGGCUUAUAAAUAGAAUCCAGCUCCGCCACCGCUCGGCCCGCGAUCACGUGGUUCCGCUUCGCCGUGUCGGAUCGGGAGUGCGCUCCGAGACCCGCUUAAGCCGUGGCCAUCUCGGUCAUUGGGUUUGCUGAUGGUCAUCUAAGAGUUCAGAAGCAUUGCAACGCGAGACUCGGAUUUCUUCCUGUCUUAUAUGUAUAAUUCUUGUGGGUAUAGAUUCACAUAUCAGACGCUAGGAUGGUUAACUUUGGAAAGAGAUUAAUGGCAGAUCAAGUUCAGGAAUGGAAGGGAUACUACAUUAACUACAAGUUAAUGAAGAAGAAAGUAAAGCAAUAUGUUCAGCAGACUCAGGCAGUUGGAAAUGAUCGUCGUCAGGUUCUUAAGGAGUUCUCAAGGAUGUUAGAUGACCAGAUUGAAAAGAUUGUCCUCUUUCUGUUGGAACAACAAGGUCUUCUUGCAAGCAGAAUUCAGAAAUUGGGAGAGCAGCGUACAAUUCUUUUAGAGCAGCCAGAUAUGUCCCAAAUAUAUCAACUACGUGAAGCAUAUAGGGCAGUAGGACAUGAUCUACUGAAGCUUCUUAGGUUUGUUGAGAUGAAUGCUACUGGUAUUCGCAAGAUACUGAAAAAAUUUGAUAAGCGCUUUGGCUAUAGAUUCACUGAUUACUAUGUUACUACUCGAGCAAAUCAUCCUUAUUCUCAGCUGCAACAGGUCUUCAAGCAUGUGGGAAUAGUGGCUGUUGUAGGUGCCUUAUCUCGCAACCUUGCAGAUUUUCAGGAUCGUCAAGGAAGCUAUUUAUCCAUUUAUGAUCAGCCAUCUGUACCUCUCAAGGAUCCUGUUAUAGACCAAAUAAAUGCAUCAGUAGACAGGCUAACACAUUCAACAAAUUUCCUUCAAUUCUUAGGGCAGCAUGCACUUAUUGUUCAAGAAGAUAUACCAAGUGCAGCAGAGGAUCAUGUUGAUGACCAAAGAUACCAUUUUAUGUCUCUUCUUCUGAACUUGGCAAACACUUUCCUUUAUAUGGUCAACACAUACAUUAUUGUGCCAACUGCAGAUGACUACUCAUUGAGCCUUGGUGCUGCAGCAACAGUAUGUGGUGUGAUUAUUGGGUCAAUGGCUGUUGCACAAGUAUUCUCUUCAAUCUAUUUUAGUGCAUGGUCAAACAAGUCAUACUUCAGACCGCUUGUAUUUAGCAGCAUCAUGCUUUUUAUGGGAAAUAUGUUAUAUGCUUUGGCUUAUGAUCUCAACUCAAUAGCUAUUCUUUUGAUCGGUCGCCUUUUAUGUGGGUUGGGUUCUGCUAGGGCUGUGAAUCGUCGUUACAUUAGUGAUUGUGUGCCUCUUAAAAUUCGCAUGCAAGCCUCUGCAGGUUUUGUGAGUGCCAGUGCUCUUGGAAUGGCUUGUGGUCCCGCCCUUGCUGGCUUGCUCCAAACAAAUUUCAAGCUUUACUCGCUGACAUUUAAUCAAAACACCUUACCAGGAUGGGUGAUGUCUCUGGCUUGGCUUGUGUAUUUAGUUUGGUUGUGGAUUUCAUUUAAAGAACCAGUGCAUGACACCAAAGAAGACCUUCCUCCACAGGAUGUCGAUGCUGGACGCUUGGAAAAUGAGAGACUAGAGAGUGGUCUUGUGCAACCUCUUCUCGUAAAUUCAAAAGAGAAGCAAGAUGAAGAUGGAGAGCAAGAUUUUGACGACAGUGAAGAAGCCUCUGAAGAGUCCCACAGGCCUGCAACUUCUAUUGCUUCAGCCUAUAGACUGCUUACACCAUCAGUGAAGGUCCAAUUGUUGAUCUACUUCAUGCUCAAAUAUGCAAUGGAGAUUUUACUUUCUGAAUCAAGUGUCGUAACCACAUUAUACUUUAGUUGGUCUACGAGCACAGUGGCCAUUUUUCUAGCAAUCCUUGGACUGACAGUUCUUCCUGUAAAUGCCAUUGUUGGAAGCUACCUUACCAACAUGUUUGAGGACAGGCAAAUCCUGUUGGCAUCUGAAUUUAUGGUGUUGGUAGGUAUAAUUCUAAGCUUCCGUGUCACAAGACUGUACUCCGUGCCACAAUAUGUCUGCUCAGCACUCAUCACCUUCGUCUCUGCCGAAGUACUUGAAGGGGUCAAUCUCUCCCUUCUUUCUCAAGUCAUGUCAUCCCGGCUUGCCCGUGGUACCUACAAUGGUGGCUUGCUGUCAACCGAAGCUGGGACCUUGGCUCGGGUGGUUGCUGAUGGCACGAUCACAUUGGCCGGCUACUUGGAUGAAGACCAGCUCCUAAAUGUCACUCUGCUACCUUCCCUGUUGAUCUGUCUAGCUUCCAUUGCUGCUACCUUCUUUACAUACAACACUAUGUAUUGA